AUGAUGGCCGGACGCAACGUUCCUUAUUCUGUUCUUCCCACAGAGGACAAGGAUGAAGACAAUGUUGAUCGUCGGUUCACAUACACUCCAAAAUCCUUGAGGAGGAUCCCUCGGAAGUCAAUUGCCAUAGCAUUGUUCCUCCUCCUCCUAGGAAGCUCUCUUCUGUUCCUUUCAUAUUUUAUAUCCACAGGUCACAUGGAAGGUGACAGCUCUCAGGUGUAUGGUUUACUGUUCCUGGGUAUCCUGGCCUUUCUUCCUGGAUUUUAUGAGACUCGAGUUGCUUAUUAUUCAUGGAGAGAAGCACCAGGGUACACAUUUGCAUCCAUUCCAGAUUAUUAAGCCUUCGAUUUUAACUCAUCAACUGGGCCGUAAAGAUAUUGAACACCAAGGACAAAAACAUGAAACUUCAUGGAGAACCAGAUGAGCACUUAGUGUUAGUACUGUAAACAGUUAACAUGUAGAUGAAUUCACCUUA